CGCUUGGCGGGAAUCAGUUACCGUCGAAACGCGCAGGUUCCUCGUUUGACGUGGUGUUGGAGUUGCCCGAACAAAAGUCGCUCCUCCAGCUUUAGUUCAGAUUGACCCACAUGGUACAAUCGUAUCUAGCACGUAAUCUGAUCUCGAGGUGUCGAGUUUCGAGCUUGCCGGUCGGCUCAGGCCAUCGCUUUGGAAGUCACCCGGCGAUGGGGACGGAUCUCAGGCACAGAUCAAUACUACAGCAAAUUAUCGAUGUCUACCAACGCCCAUCCCAUUCUCGAUUUCGAGUCGGCGCCUGUGCGCCCGGAAGGCUUACCGGGUCGCGCGCACGACAUUCCCGAGAAGGCGCCUCUCUACGAGAACGAAAAGGACGAGAAGAACGACAUGGCUCUGACCCAACAAACGUCUGUCACUCCUAUUGAGAGCCUCGACGAUGAGGAUUACGAGGGAAAGCCUACCGAGGAAGAGAUGUUGACAUUGCGAAAGGUUCCGGGAACCAUGCCUUGGACGGCGGUCGCGAUGUGUCUGAUCGAGCUAUCAGAGAGAGCCUCUUACUAUGGAUGUGUACAGCUCUUCAACAACUUUGUCAGAGCACCGCUGCCUGCCGGCGGGCCCGGUACCGAUCGCAGAAACGCCAGGUCAGACGAUUUCGAUGUAGUAGAAAAAAAACAGCAUGACAUGUUCCCCUUGUGGUCAUUCGUUUGAAACGUCUCCGCCUCACAAAAUUUCUGUCCGGUCGGAUUGGGGAACCUCGCCCAUUUAUCCUCCUCUUCUGCCACGCUGAAUUGGCCGACGGGUACAAAGACUGACUGUACUAUCUGCUUCCCGUUUGAGAGAUUUCCAUUGCGUUGUUGUCACAGCUCUGUGAGGGACUGGUGUACGCAGCAGGAACCUCGCGUCUAGCG